GACAGCUGGGAGCAGAGCAGGCGCUGCGGGUUUCAAAGCGGCGGCCUCAGGUCCCUGUCACCAUGCCCACUUCCGUGCCCCCAAGAAACAGGCGGGGGGCAGCCCGUUCCACCCCAUCCUCCCCUGCUAGCUCCGACGAUGAGGGGGCCGGCAAGUCUUCCACUUUCUCCCUGAUCUCACCAAGUUUCCAUCAAAGUUUCCCAGAUUUCCACCAUAAGGAGCAAGAGGAAGACGCAACACCAGCUAGCAGGGGGUCGGGCAUUCCUCAGAGGAUUAAAUACCAUAGUGCUGAACACAUUAAUGCCACAAACAAGAAAAAUAAGUCACCCAUGGAAGAUAAUCUGUCAGCAUGGGAAGAAUGGUUCCUUUGCAAAGAGAAAGAGCUACGUGCUCGCUUACAAGCUCAGGCUUUGGAGGAUCUGAAUCAAGAAAUGGAGAAAAUAAAGAAAAAACAGGAACGUGAAAAGAAAAAAAUAGUUGCUGAAGAGAAACACAAAGAAUGGGUGCAGAAAAAAAAUGAAGAGGAAAGAAGAGAAAGAGAACGUAAGCUUAGUAAAGAGGUCGCAGAAAAAGCAGCCAAAGAACUUGAGAGAGCACAGUCAAAGGAAAAAGCAAAAGGAAUGUAUGAAGAAUGGUUAAAGAAAAAGAAAUCAGAAGAAGUACAGAAGAAGAAGGAAGAGAAGGAGAAGGAAAGGCAACGGGAAGCUGAAUUACAGGAAAAAAAGGAAAAAUCAGAGAGGAUGUUCAAAGAAUGGUUGCAGAAUUCUAGAAACAAACCCCGCCCAGCACCAGCUGGCUAUGCCUAUGCCAAUGGGAAACUUACUGGAUACCAAGAUGGAAAUGCCUAUCCAGCUCCAGCCUUUUACAACCCCGUACCUUGGAAACCAAUCCAUGUGCCUCAUCCUAAGGAAGACAAGUAUGUUUCAGUGAAGAAAAAUAAGAGGCCUAUAUCCAGUCACACAUAUAGACCUUCAAUGCUUUUUCAUAAAUCCAAGAACAAUCAUUAUAUUGGAUCAUUGUGCAGAAUUCAGAGAUAGCACAGGGCAUGGUAUUAUUUUUUAAAAUCUCAAUGAAGUCUGAUACUGUAAUUUAAGAAGUUGUAUUAUUAAGGUUGUUUUGUGAGUAUCUAUGAUUUAACUUUUAGCAAAAUAUUUUUUAUUUUUUAUCAUAAGGCACCUGGAACAAAAUAAGUGACGUUCUAAUGUUUCAUGUAUUUUUUUAUAUAUAAUGUA